AUGGAGGGAGUGGACAUCUCCGACGGUGAUCCCGGCUUCGCAAUGCUCCUGACCCUGCUCGCCGGCCUUGCCACCACGAUCGGCGCAGCCAUUGCGUUCUGUGCCAAUACUGACGACAACCGCGUGUUCGCGGUUUGCCUCGGCGUGUCCGCCGGGGUCAUGGCGUACGUGUCGUUCUCAGAGAUCUUGGACAUGACGAACCAAAGCUUCCAGGACUCAGGCCUGACUGAGCGGAGUUCUUUCACGUGGGGGACAGUGACCACCUUCGCAGGGAUCCUCCUCGCCAUGCUGGUGGAGUUUAUCGGCAUGAAGUGCUUCCACAGGCAUGCCGGCGAGGUUGUGGUGAGCGAUGCUCCCGAACCGGCAGUGCAGGACGUGGCCGCAGAGAAGCCCCUCAGCAAGUCCGAGCGGUUGAACAUGUUGCAGAUGGCGACAUUCUCAGGAAUCGCUGUUGCAUUGCACAAUUUUCCCGAGGGCAUCGCAACCUUCAUCUCGACAAUGGCUGAUCCCAGCUUUGGACCGGCAAUGGCCUUCGCCAUCGCGAUGCACAACAUCCCCGAAGGCCUAGCCGUGGCAGCGCCCAUCAAGAAGGCGACGGGCUCCAAGUGCAAAGCGUUUUUCUGGGCCUUCGUUUCCGGCCUCUCCGAGCCCCUGGGCGGUCUGUUGGGAUGGUUGGUCCUCAAGGACGUACUGGGGCCCGCCACCUACGGCAUCUUCUACGGCCUCACCGCAGGCAUCAUGAUCCACAUCUCUUUCAAGAAGAUGCUGCCGACCGCCCUGAAGUACGAUCCAAGUAAUCGCUACACGUCCUACUCCUUCUUUGCCGGAAUGGAGCAGACGUUUUGGGCAGCGGCGCUAGACCACUUCCGCCGGCCAGGAUCGCCGAGGUCGCCGGAUGCGCAAAGCCUGGCCAUGACUGUGUCAAGCUGCAAUCAGGCUCAGCAGUGGCGCCGGGGCCUUCUUCUGCGCAUCGGCAAUGAGGCGACAUGGAACGAGUACUGCUUCAAUGCAGCGAUGAAAGGCUCCCAGGAAAGGUGGCCUCUCGUCGGUGCACUGCUUCUGCAGAUGAGGGAGAACCGAGUCUCCCCAGACGGUGCCUCGAUCAGCAUCAUGGCCACCUCACUGGUACAGGCUCGCCACUGGAGUUCGGCGCUUGAGAUCCUGGAGCCUCCCUCGCCGACCACGACUGUCACUUUCCACUCAACCAUGCAUGCACUCGGCGAGAAUUCGUUGUGGGAAUGGGUGCUGCUUCUUCUGCGCACCUUGUGCCGCCAGAGCCCUAUGUCCGCAGAAGUGCAGAUGAGCCACACUGAGCCGAUUUCUCACGAUCUGUCUCGUGCACUGAAACUGAGUGGCAGUCAUACGAAGACAGACACAGAAGCAGAAAGGAGCAGCCCAGAAAGACGCUUAGGCCGAAAGCUGUUUGGACUUCGAGCUUCGGAGAUGAGUUUUAGUGUGGCCAGAGCCUCAGCGGAGAAGGCGCCAGCGGUGCAAUCUGUUGCUGCUUUUGUCUCUUAG